AUGGAGGCAGAAGGUGUGAAGGAUGAGCCAGCAGCGAUGCUGCUCGCAGAGAGCAUCGACGCCGAUGUGGAAUUAGGUGUUGUUAUGUUGGACAAAGUUUCGUUGCUGCAGGAGAGUAUGGACAAGAUGGCGCUCAGCAUGUUCAACGCGCUCCGGCUGCUCCCGGCCUCGACUGGAGAUGACACCAAGAAACAAGAGACCAAAGACGCGAUUACGAUGUUGGCCAAAGACGUUCUUAAGAUGGUGCAGGAGACUGACGUUCUCAUCGACGACCUCCCGGGACUUAAUAAGACCGAAACUGAACAAAUGGAGGAGCUGCGACGACUGCAGAUUCAGAGCGAAGAGGAGGCUCAGACGCUGCGUCAAGUCGCUGAGGAAGCAGAGCGUUGGAUGGAGCGCGCACGAAACUCGCUGCGUGUCAUCUCGGAAACGCGUCUGCGUCGAUGA